AUGAAGAUCAGCACUGAUGUUAAAAAGGGUCGAAAAGUGGAGAUCAAAUCAUGGAAAAGCCCUGAUGAUCCAUCUGAUGGUAACUUUUCUCUUGGUAUUGAACCUUUCAAUAUCCUAGAGGUCGUCAUUUGGAACAAUAAUGAGCUCUAUUUUCGGAGUGAACCAUGGAAUGGGAAUAUGUUUCUUGGCUUAAUGCUUCCGACCACCGUUGAUAUUGAUGGGUUUUCUGUUGUUGCAGAUAAUCAACAACAAACGUUUUACAUGGCUUAUGAAUUUUCUAGUGACUCUAUGUUGAUAUACUUUAAAUUAGAUUCUCAAGGAAAAUUCAUUGAAUGGAGAUGGGAUGCGGGGAAAGGGAACUGGACAAACAGGUACUCUAUUUAUCUUACAGAUUGUGAUGUUUAUGGGAAGUGUGGGGCAUUUGGGAUAUUCGAUUCAACGAAACGACCCAUUUGCAGUUGCUUAGAAGGGUUUAAGGCUAGGAAUAUAGAGGAAUGGAGUAGAGGUAAUUGGAGCAGUGGGUGUUUUAGGACUACCCCUUUGCAGUGCCAAAGGGAUAACAACAAUGGGAGUGGAGCAGGCCAAGGUGAUGAUGGAUUUUUGGAGAUGAAGAUGAUGAAAGUACCAGCAUUUCCGGACCGGUCAUCAAUAAUUAACAGGGACUGCAAAGAUCAAUGCAUGGAUUUCGUGGGCUAG